AUGUCGGAAAAUGAAACCGAAUUUAAUUUAACAGCAUUGGACUAUGCUCAAAUAACUAGCCUUCUCAAUGGAAAUCUUCAAUCAAUGGAUAAAGGAGAUUGGCAAUCAUUUAUUGCGGAUUACACGGACGAUGGAAUAUUUUUUCAUCCUUAUCGAAAAUUGAAUAUUGAAGGUCAAACGAAUUUGAAACAAUUUUUAAUCAGUUUUGCUGAAAAACCGAAUAAUAAAAUAAUUACACAUUGGGAAUCGAAUAUUGCUAUCCAAGUUGGUACAACCAAACAUUCAGCUAUUAAUAACUCGUAUUGGCAAGCAAUCAAGGAUGGAAUAAUAAUAACUAUUGGUACUCACAUGGAUGAGUUGAAAAAAGUUGAUGGAAAAUGGAAAAUUCAAAAGCGAACAGUUUUGGUUAAGUGGACAAAAGAAGAAGGAAAUGUUCAAACAGAUUGA